GCCAGGUUGCAUAAGACGGAUUGAGUUGUCAAAGCCUAUUUUGAUUUGCAGUGCACUUGUUGGCCUUGAGGUUUGUAAUGAAUAAUACCGUACCGCUACAUGUGUGGUGUGGGUUUAUAACGCUAGAAGUGUUCGACAAACUUUUGUGGAUCCCUUCCAGAGGCUUUAAGCAGUAAGUUUUUUGUCAAGCGAAUAGUAAAUUUAGUCCUCCCGUCCAACUGCUCAAUGCCCCCCUUCGAGGGCCUCGAUUGGGAACCGCUGAUUUCAGGAUUUACGGUACCGCGUACCGGUAUAUAUUCAGAUAUUGGGCAUACGGUACCGGUACAGAAUGUAGACUAUACCGGUACCGACCGGUAUAAGAUCUGAAGAUGGAAGGUUUUGCCAAGAAGAAGUGGUACUGGUACCGGUAUGCCAGACGUGUUCACUCACCUGAGGGAUUAUUGUUUGUUUAUUAUUAUUUAUUGUUUUGAUUGCUACUGCACUAUAGUCAGACAAUACAGCAAUACUACAGUCUGACAGUACUAUGUAGGUCUGUUAACGUACAUGUCAGUACUGUAUGUAGGUCAAGUCCACGCUUCCGAAAACAAAUAACUAUCUAAUUCCAUACCCGACAUGGAAUGGUAACCGGACGAGAGGCCGUGGUUCGCCAUAUGGUUAAGCCGUACUAUCGACUUUCCUCUCCCCCGAGAUAAAUAUGUAAAUCCUAUCCUAUGUUGUCAAUAUUGAAAUAUUCUAGUUGUUCAAGUCUAUUAUCUUGAUUUCAGAGAUUUAUGGACAAAUUGCAUAGGUUGGCCUAUUGUAGUCUAUGGGUCUUUACCCAAAGUCUGAGUGUUGCGUCCCAGAUAUAUGUUGAUUUUAUUUUCUACUAAAUUUGGUUAUUUUGUACUUAUACUGUUAUAAUUGAACUGUUGCUUAAUAAUAAUUCAAAAUGUGAGAAGUGUCACGACAUAAAAACCUAACAGCAACCUAUUACUGUAUUACAGUAUUAAUUUUGACCAUAUACGGAUAUAACUGAAUAGCCUAUUCAAGCUCUGAUUAACAAUGCUGUGCGCCUGUAAUAGGAAUUUACAGUAAUAGGAAUUUUAGCCAUCUUAAUGAGAAUUUUAUAAAAAGUUCAACAUUGUGGACAAAUGAAGUGAAAUACUAAUGAAAAUGAUUGGAUAUUUAAUAUAGCCUAAUCAAAUCCACCUCAACCUUCUGAUUAUUCCUCCAUGUUGCGAGUAUCAAAGAAAACGGCCGAAAGAACAAAUUGAUUUUGUUUUAUGUCUUUUAUAGAAAAAUACCCUAAUGAUUUGGCAAUUAUCUAAUUUUGGGUUCCCAUGGGCAAAGUGUAUUCGACUGUUUCUAUCUUUGUCAUUUAAAAGUUGAUUUUAUUUUUGCAACUUGUCUCUUUAAUUAAGAAUGGAUUUGAUGCAAUGCGUGUGUAGAAAACAUAGCAUCAAAAUUGUUUGUAAGUUCAAAAUGAUUUGCAUCUAUGCUUAAUUAAAUCAGCAAAUGAAGCCACCUCCACGAUUUACUUAUACUUAUCCAUACCAUGAACACAUAAUAAACUACUCGAACUGUAUAAUGACAGGAGUGCAACUUGUCCACAACACUAGCGAAGGAUCCAUUUAAGAUUGAACAAAUAGUUUUAUGCAUAGGAGGAGGAAAUAAGAUUUCCAAUAGGCAAAUGGAGAAAUUUAGCAGGGGAUUCAUUUUUACAAUCACUUGUUCAAAAAUAUGAGCCCAAACCUACAUAAUAUUCUGUUUUUUGCAUUUUUGAUCAUUUUUUAAAUAAGGAUUUCCAAUCUUCAUUCAGGUGUAUUAUUUGGUGCAUUGUUUAUUAUUUCCUCAAUACUUUUUGUUGUUGAUAUUGCCUAGUUGUUUUUGUGUCUAAAUAUGUAUGUUUCUUAUUCUUAGUAACUCUACCUGCACAAGUAAUUAUCACUUAAGAUAUUUAUGUAUCAUAUUUUUUAUUUGUUUCAGCAAUUUUGAUUACAAUGUUAUGGAUUUGGCAGAUCCAUAUACUUUUCUCAUGUUUAAUUUGCUAAAUACAUAAUUUUCUAACUAGAUGAUAAACUUCACUGCUUGAGACACCACAGCUAGAAUUUGAAAGAUUGUUUUAAAUUUAUUUUAAACUUGUUUAUUAACAUAUUAUGAUCAAAGAUGUAGAAAGUUUAAUCAUACACACGGUGGGUUGUAUUCUCUGGGUAGUGAGUCAUCAAUGGAUUGUCAAUCAAGAUUGACAAAUACCAUACAUAUUUUUGAAGGUUUUUUUAUGCGCGUAUGCUGCAAUCAUACUCGUUCUGAACCAGACCAUUCAUCAUCAGUAUUUGUAUAUUCGUUCAGAUUCAUUAGUAUAACUACUUCACCUAGAUUUUGUUAAUGAUAGUCACUGAUGUGGUGUUGUUAAUAUGAAUGUGAUGUAUAGUAAUCGUUUGUAAAUAUUGGGAGACUGCUUUAGAAAAUGGCAAAAGAGGAUGAUGGCACAAGCGUCCGAGUGGCUGUCAGGAUUCGACCACAAUCUGCAAAGGAGAGAAUCAAUGAUUGUCGCAUUUGCACUUUUGUGCCACCUGGCGAACCUCAACUCACUAUCGGAAAAAACAAAAGAUUUACAUAUGAUUACGUGUUUGAUCUGCCCACACAGCAAAUCACUAUCUAUGAAACAUGUGUCAGAAAGUUGGUAGAUGGUUGCUUCAAUGGUUACAAUGCCACUGUUCUGGCCUAUGGACAGACUGGAUCUGGAAAAACUUACACAAUGGGUACAGGAUUCGAUAUAUCAAGAUGUGAAGAAGAAUUUGGUGUCAUUCCUAGAGCUGUGGACCAAAUUUUCAGUGGGAUAGAAGAAAGAAAACAAAAAGCUUUGGACGAAGAACUACCUCAACCCGAAUUCAUUAUAAGUGCUCAAUUCAUGGAAUUAUAUAAUGAUAAAAUUAUUGAUUUGUUCAAUACACGCCGGGGACAAGGGAAUGUGCCUGAUAUCAAAAUAACAAAAGACAAGGACGGAAACAUAUAUGCUGUGGGAAUGACAACAAAAAUUGUCAAAUCUGGCACAGAGCUUAUGAAAUGUCUUCAAGAUGGUGCAUUGAAUCGAACAACAGCUUCUACAAGAAUGAACGAACAAAGUUCAAGAUCUCAUGCGAUAUUCUCUAUUCAUAUCAAGCAGACCAGAGCUUUUAGGGCAAUUGCUAAAAAUAAUGAAUCUCCAACAUCUAGCGAUGGUGAAUUGGUGAAGGAAAACGGAAUCACAAAUGGAGAUGGACCACUAGAAUUUGAAUCAUUGAUGGCAAAGUUUCAUUUCACGGAUUUAGCUGGUUCAGAAAGAUUAGAUAGAACAGGAGCUGUUGGAGAUCGUGCCAAAGAAGGAAUUGCAAUCAACACUGGAUUGUUGGCAUUGGGGAAUGUAAUAUCUGCUCUUGGAGAUCCAGAACAAAGUGGAAGUUUUGUUCGAUAUAGAGAUUCAAAAUUAACAAGAUUACUGCAAGAUUCUCUUGGAGGAAACAGUCGAACAUUGAUGAUCGCAUGUAUCAGUCCAUCAGACUCUGAUUUUAUGGAAACUGUUAGUACUUUGAAUUAUGCAAAUCGUGCAAGAAAUAUCAAAAAUAAGGUGGUUUUGAAUCAGGAUAAAGCAAGUCAACAAAUGCAAGUGUUGAGGCAGACAAUCGCUGCACUUCAACUUGAGAUUACAGAAUUCAAGACUGGCAAGCGUGUUGCAGGAGAUGAAGGUUACAGUGACAUGUAUCAAGAGAACAGUAUGCUGAAAGAAGAAAAUGAGCAUUUGAGAAUGAGAGUAAAAGUCAUUUCUGAGAAAUGUGACACACUGUUGGAAGAACUUACUGAAUUAAAAUCGAGGGAAGCACUUGGCAAUAUAGAUUUGAAUGCUAAUGGUGACGUGGAUAGUGAAACUCAAAAGCAGUCUCUAAUCAAACAAUAUAUUAAAGAAAACGAGGAAUUGAAAUCUAAGCUGUUUGAAAGUGAGGCAAUGUGCGGAAAUUUGAGACGAAGAGGAACUUCUCUUUCAAGCUCUGCAAUGAGUCCUUUUGGAAGCAGAGUUACUCCGACGCCCAUGCCUAUGGCGGGUACGAGUUUCUUUGAUCCACCUCAAGAAAACAUUCCGAUACUUGAUUUAGCAAAGAAAGAAAUAGAGGAAUUACGACAGAAAAAAUUGAAUUUAAUGAGAAAAGAAAACAAGGAAAACGUUGAUAAUUUAGAUGAGGGCGAGGAGGUAAUUGACGAAGAUGAGAGUGAGGAUGAGUCUGAUGCUGAGGUUUAUUUGCCUGAUACAGAUGAAGAGGAUGAUAAUGAAGCAGUCAAGAAAAAGAAUGAAGAAAAGAAACCUGAAAAUGUUCAAAAUCAACUGGGAACAUUGACAUUUGAGAUUGAUCUCAAACAAAAUCUUAUCGAUGAAUUAGAAUCUCAAAAAAUAAAGAUGGAAACACUCAGAUCCUCAUAUGAGAACAAGGUCAAACAAUUACAAACGAAAAUUAAAAAUACUGAAGAAGAAAGAGAUAAAGUUCUCUCCAAUCUUGAGAAAAAACCGACUGCUGGACGAGAUUCAAGCAAAAUCAAACAAGAAUAUCAAAAGAAAUUGGACACUAUGCAGAAGGAAGUUGGAAAAUUAAAGGCACAGAAGAAAAGUUAUGACAAGAUGGUGCAAGAACAAUUCAAAGAUCAUCAACGAUUGAAAAAUUUGAAAACUGAACUUGAGCAAAUGAAAUCGACGAAGGUAAAACUCAUGAAACAAAUGAAAGAACAACAGAAGAAAGGCAAACAACAAGAUUCUCAAAGAUUACGUGAAAUCACACAAUUAAGAAAAGAAGGGAGGAAGAAAGAUAGUCAGCUUCGUACAUUAGAAACAAAAUUUCAAGCAAAAGAUCGCGUUGUUAAAAGAAAUAAAGAGGAAAUUGAAAUGUUAAGAAAGCAAAUCAGACCUUUAUCGGGGAGAUUGGGUGCCAAGAGACAAGCACAACAAGCUUCGAAGGCAGCAAUGAUUAAGAAUCGAGAUAAAAAAUUAUCAAAUGAUCAGUCAAUGAGAUGGGCCAAAUCAAAAUGGACCAAAAUUGAGAACAAGAUUCAUAAUAUUGUUAUGCAAAGAGAAACUAUUGAACACAUGGGUAAAAGAAUGGACAGAUUCAUAAAACAACGAGAAGAUUUAUUGAAAAAUAUUAAACGAUUAGAGAAGAGAAAGAUGAAGAAAGUUUCAAUUUCUCAGCAAGCUCCAGCAGAGUUAAUAUGUGAAAUAGAAAGUUUGAAAGAAACUAUUGAAUUUACUAAUUAUCAGAUUGAAGAAAUACAAAGUGAAAUGUUGCAGGUCAAUGAAUCAAUGGAGGCAGAUUCAUACAUAUCAUCAAUUUUCGAUACCUGCUCUAGAAGUGAAUUCAGAUAUAUUCUUGAUAGUAUUCUUGCAAUUACUGUCAAUAAAUCAGCACUUUCCUUGGUCUCUAAGAAUAAAAUAGCAGAACUGGAAGUAAAACUAGAAAGCGAAUUAGAAACAUCGAAACGGGCACAGGAAUUGAUGAAAUACAUUGUUGAAGAAUCUCAGACCGAACUUGAUCCUGAUCUUACAGAACUUAUUGCAAUUCACUUGAUUUUAUACGGAACAUCAUAUGAUUUUUAUCAGUAUGGAUCUGAUGAUGACAGUGACAGUGAUACUGAUAGCAAUUCAACAGGACGUCCCUCAUCAAGGAAUGAGUUGGUUUCAAAUCCUGAAACUCCAACAAAAGAUUUAAGAAUAAAGGCCAGAGCAAAAACUGCCACACCGCAGGAGUUACUGCAUGGUAUAACACAAGCUAAUUUGUCACCUGUUUCUCCAUGGAGAAUGUCAAGUCCAAUCAUACCAGAGGAACAAGGGGGUGGAAAUGAUGACGCAAAAUCGAAGAGACUUACUUUCGAUGUUCUUAAUCCACCUACGUCAUUGGAAUUAGGCAACAGACCAGUCCCAACCUUGCCUUCGCCUGAUAUGGAGAAUGAAGUUGUGGAUGGGACAAAAUCUGUUCCCAAAAUAGUAACUACGCCUGAAAAAUUGGGGAUAAAAGAAUCACCAAGCGAAGAGUUUGCACGUCCUGGAACCCCACCAACAUCCAGACCAGUGUCAAAUCGACAACAUAAAAUGCCACCUGAUGUUUUUGCCAGAUUAACAUCAUUUUCAAUUGGGUCUCCCCAUGUAAAGAGUUUGGAAUACCCUGAGUAUUAUGAAUUCAGAGGCAAAAUGACAGAACAUACAUCGAAAACACCACUGGGAAAGAAUACACCAUUGGAAUGCAUUAAAAUUGCAGAAGGACACAGUAAAGCUGUUCUAUGUUUACAUGCUACUGAUCAACUAUUGUUUUCUGGCUCAAAAGAUCGAACAGUGAAAAUUUGGAAUUUAGUAACUGGUCAAGAAUUCUCAACACUUGAUGGUCAUCCUAAUAAUGUUAAUGCUGUUUAUCAUUGUCCUAUCAAUGGUCUUGUAUAUACUGUAUCAUUAUCUUUCAUAAAAGUAUGGGAUAUAAGAAGCAAACCAAAAUGUAUUAGAAUAUUCAGCUCUUCCGGCCAGAAUUUUCCUUUGUCAGCAUUUUCUUCAACAAUGGGAAGAACCAAUAGGAUGCCUGAUAAUGAAUCUGAAAUCACUGAUAUUGCAUCAUCUAAGAAAUCGAAACUCUUGUACACAGCGACUGGAUCAACCGUCAAGAUUUGGGAUUUAAAUAAAUAUGCAUUAGUUGGAAAGUUAACAGGGCAUGGUGGACAAGUUAAAACAAUAGAAGUUCCAGAUGUAAAGGAUGAAAUCAUAAUAACUGGUUCAAAAGAUCAUUAUGUCAAGUCUUUUCUUAUUCCGGAAUCACAUGGCAAUAUAUCACCAACAACAACUUUUGAUCCUCCACAUAUGGAUGGAGUGGAAUCUCUUGCUACAUCUGUCACUCACAAUGCUUUGUUUUCUUGUUCGAGAGAUAAAUCUAUCAAAAAAUGGGACUUGAGUUCAAAGAGUUUGAUAAAGUCUGAAUAUCUUGCACACACAAGUUGGGUCAGUACUCUGGACAUGGUCAAUUUUAACGGCAAAGAAAUCUUGUUAUCUGGUGGCCGUGAUGGUAUUGUGAAAUUAUGGGAUGUUGGAAGUUUAAGCGUUGUUGGCGAUCUUCGAGCACAUUCUGACACUGUCAAUGACAUCGCGUCAAAUAAUGAACUUAUUUUCACAGCGUCAAAUGACAAAAAGAUAAGAGUAUGGAGAUGUACUGAUAGUUCGAUAUUUGCACCACCAUAAUCUACCUGUGAAACCGUUAAUGAUAUUCAACGUAUAUAUGUUAUAUAAAGGGAUUUGUGUCUUGCAUGCAACCAUGUGUUGGUUGAAUAUAACUUAUUGAUGGUUUGAUGUCAGUGUUCCUUAUGGAUUCUAUAUUUAAAAGCAAUUUUUCUCUGGAAAUAGUAUUGUCAAAUUUUACAUUGUUAUUUUGGUUGGUAUUCAGCAGAUUGAAAAAUGCUCAAUGUGUAAACUCUCUUAGUAUCAAUUAUCUCUGAUGCAUACGGAGGACUUCAAUCUGAUAUUUUUUAAUGCUAUAUCUGCAAAAUAUGUGAUUUUGACAUCUGAUUUGGUAAAUUGACUGAGAUUCUUAAAUAUACAAUUAAUUUUAAAACUUAAGUAGUUGCAUUGUGAGAGUAAAAAUUUUUUUGUAAUUAGUGUUGUCAAAAUUAUCACAAAAUACCCUUUUCAAAUUCGAAUAAUCUCCUAUUUUGAAUAUUCUGCAUUGAUAUGUAAUAGUUCACUGUGAUUUUACUAAGGUGAUUUAAAAACAAAAUCAGAAAAAAACGUUUAUGAAUACUGAAAAUUGUGUACCUCGCAAAUUCUCAUAAUUUUUCUACAGUGUCUUCGGGAAUUUAAAGUAUAGAAUUUAUUUUGAACCUUGAGUCUCGCUAUAGCAGAGAUUUGUCUUGUUUCUGCAUCCAUUCCAGAGCAGACUCACAUUGUUACAUGUCGUCACUGUGAUAUUAUAUUAGUUGAUAAAAGACCAAACUUAAACUCUGAAAUAUCGAAAGAAAAUCGAUAAAAUCAAGAUGUAAACUUAACUUAAUUCUAUAAAUUUCGCAAAGUAAUAUUUCUAUUUUUCACCAAGUACACGUACAUAUGUAGAGAAAUAAUACUUAUUUACACUGUAAUUUUUUUUUAUUAUUUAUUUAUCCUUAUAAAUUAAGGCAUAGUAAUUAAACACUAUAAACUCAAAAAUUAAGCAUGUGCCAUUGAUGAAUUUGGCUGCUUGGCACAAAUCACAGUGGCUUAGCCUCAAAUUAAGAAAUAAUGUUGCCCAGCUAGUGGGAAUCAAUAUCAUACCCAGACUUUUCGUCAACUUGUUUCGAUACACAUUGUGGCCAUAUUGCGGGGUUUUGGUUCUCAUCAAGUAUUGCCCACAAUGCUUUAUUUGCUCAGGAAAUCAUUAAAUGCACAAUUUUAAAAUACUUACCGACAUAACCUAAAUCCAGCCAAUUUUUUGACAACGCAUGUUACAUCUUUGGAUUUCUCCGCAUAAAUGAUGAUGUAAUUUUUGUAUGAAUUAUCAUAAAUAACAGUGAUAGGUAGUUGGCAGUUAGUGCGUCAGUUGGGAGUAACUUGUUAUCAUAUUAUAUAGUAACUUAUUGUUAUCAUAUAUAAAUGACCGAAUGUUGUUCCAUCAUAAUAAUCACUGUUUAAUGUCUUCGUUUUUCUUAGAUGUAAAUCAGAGAUGUGCAACACGCGGCCGGCGGGCCCCCAUCCCCCAAGCCAUUUAGUGCGGCCCUUGUCAACAUACAGAUCUAUUCACAUCAAGCAUAAAAUCCGAAUCCGACAGUUUCUGUCGCUCACGUGGGUAAAAAUGCAUACUGUUUUUUGCUCUUAUCGCCUUGUUAAAUCUUUCGUCGUUUUGCCUGGUGUCUUCAUUACUGCGAGGCUGAGCAAUAGCCCAUUCUCUUAUCUUACCUUUUUCACAUGGAAUAACUAAUUUUUUUGUUUGGCCCGGAUAGAUGUCUGAGGUUGGUUAUAUGGCUCACCGGCAAAAAUGUUGCACACCUCUGUUUCAAGUUCUGCCAAAACCAGAAUAGAAUAUGUAUAUACAUACAACUAAACAUGAUCCAAAAUGUCGAGGGUCUGAAGGCAAAAGGGCGAAUACUGAAAUGAAAAAUAAUUUAUUUGAAGAAAUUUAUGAUUUUAAGGUGAACAACCCACAUUUAUUUUAGCUUAAAUCAGUUUUCAUGAUUAAAUUUGGAAAAAGGCGAAUUGUACCCUUACCCGUACAAAACCGAUUAUCAAAUUUUGUUCAUAUAUUUGACCUAAGUUACAAUUUUGUUCCACACUUGUUGUAGAUCAAUUUUAGAAUGGCCAUAAAAGUAGUGCCUUUAGGAUUAUACAAAAUUUUUCUGUUCCAAUGACAUUUCAAUGUAUCACAAGUAGAUGCUGCCAUCAUACUAUUUACCAAGGUGUUUCAGCUUCCGAUAAACAUGUUAUAUUCUGUCAUGAUAUGUCUGCCGUUCAUAAAUUGCAAUAUUGUUUAUUACUAGAUAGUGCACUUGUAGUAUUCUUGAAUGUCGUUUCCUUGAUUUCUGGUACUUGCUCGUUUUGAUGUUGGAAGUAAAAAAGAAUGGAUGGAUAGUA